CAGUAGGGAGGUACCCAUUUUGCAGUUGCGAUCUUCACCUUGCAUCCCCUUCUUUCUCCCUCCGGGCAGCUCUGGUGGAGAGAUCGGAGAUGAGCGGACACGAUUCCAAGUACUUCUCGACCACGAAGAAGGGCGAAAUCCCUGAACUCAAAGAAGAACUCAAUUCUCAGUACAAGGACAAAAGAAAAGAUGCUGUAAAAAAAGUGAUUGCGGCGAUGACUGUUGGCAAGGAUGUUUCAUCCCUCUUCACUGAUGUUGUGAAUUGUAUGCAAACAGAAAAUUUGGAGCUUAAAAAACUCGUGUACUUGUACCUAAUCAAUUAUGCUAAAAGCCAGCCUGACCUCGCAAUUCUUGCUGUAAAUACAUUUGUGAAGGACACACAAGACCCUAAUCCCCUAAUUCGUGCUUUGGCGGUGCGGACAAUGGGAUGCAUCCGUGUUGACAAAAUCACUGAAUAUUUAUGUGAUCCUCUUCAGAGGUGUCUCAAGGAUGAUGAUCCAUAUGUACGCAAGACGGCAGCUAUAUGUGUUGCUAAACUUUAUGACAUAAAUGCUGAGCUUGUUGAGGAUAGGGGUUUCCUAGAAGCCCUCAAGGAUCUCAUAUCUGACAACAAUCCUAUGGUUGUUGCAAAUGCUGUUGCAGCACUUGCAGAAAUUCAAGAGAGCAGUAGCAGACCCAUCUUUGAGAUCACCAACAACACGCUAUCAAAACUUCUUACAGCUCUCAAUGAAUGCACAGAGUGGGGUCAAGUCUUUAUAUUGGAUGCACUUACCAAGUAUAAAGCAACAUCUGCUCGUGAAGCUGAAAACGUAAUAGAAAGAGUCACUCCACGGUUACAGCACGCAAAUUGUGCAGUUGUGCUUUCAGCUGUUAAGUUGAUUCUUCAACAGAUGGAACUCAUUAUCAGCACUGAUGUAGUUCGAAAUCUUUGUAAAAAAAUGGCUCCUCCUCUUGUGACAUUGCUUUCUGCUGAACCUGAGAUUCAGUAUGUUGCAUUGAGGAAUAUUAACCUCAUUGUACAAAAACGGCCUACAAUUCUUGCCCAUGAAAUUAAGGUUUUCUUUUGCAAGUACAAUGAUCCAAUUUACGUGAAGAUGGAAAAGUUAGAAAUUAUGAUAAAGCUUGCAUCAGACCGAAACAUAGACCAGGUUCUCUUGGAGUUCAAGGAAUAUGCUACUGAAGUAGAUGUUGAUUUUGUCAGGAAAGCCGUCCGUGCUAUUGGACGAUGUGCCAUCAAAUUGGAGAGAGCAGCUGAGCGUUGUAUCAGUGUCUUGCUUGAGUUGAUCAAAAUUAAAGUUAAUUAUGUUGUUCAAGAAGCUAUUAUAGUCAUCAAAGACAUCUUCAGGAGAUAUCCUAACACAUAUGAAUCCAUCAUUGCUACACUUUGUGAGAGCUUGGACACUUUGGAUGAGCCGGAGGCAAAGGCAUCCAUGAUCUGGAUUAUUGGCGAAUACGCUGAGAGAAUAGACAAUGCAGACGAACUCCUUGAGAGCUUUUUAGAGAGCUUCCCCGAGGAACCUCCCCAAGUCCAGCUGCAGUUGUUAACAGCAGCAGUCAAACUCUUCCUCAAGAAGCCAACUGAAGGGCCCCAACAAAUGAUUCAGGUUGUCCUGAACAAUGCCACUGUGGAGUCAGACAAUCCAGAUUUGCGAGAUCGGGCAUACAUAUAUUGGCGCCUUCUUUCCACUGAUCCUGAGGCUGCGAAGGAUGUCGUGUUAGCCGAAAAGCCAAUUAUCAGAGAUGAUUCAAACCAACUUGACCCUUCUCUUCUUGAUGAACUUCUUGUGAAUAUUGCUACUUUAUCCUCUGUCUAUCAUAAGCCUCCAGAUACUUUUGUUACUCGCGUGAAGACCAUUCAAAGAACAGAGGAAGAUGAAUAUCCCGAUGGAAAUGAACCUGGGCAUUCUGAAUCACCUGACCCUUCAGUUGACGGUAGUGUUCACCCUGCUACAAAGCAACUGGGCCCCAUGGCUGUGGCUCCCUCAUCCCUGCCUGAUUUGCUUGACCUGGGAAUCGAAAGUAACGACAGUACUAUAGUGUCUGUUGAUCAGCCUGCAACUCCAACAAGACCCUCAUUGCCUGUUUUAUUACCAGCAUCUACUGGUCAAGGUUUACAAAUCAGUGCUCAGAUGAUACGUAGAGAUGGUCAGGUCUUUUACAGCAUGUUGUUUGAGAACAACUCCCAGAUGUCACUUGAUGGGUUCAUGAUUCAGUUCAAUAAGAAUACAUUUGGACUUGCUGCUGCUGGACCACUCCAGGUAACUCAAUUGCAACCGGGGACAUCUGCAAGUGUUCUGUUGCCCAUGGUUCUAUUCCAAAACAUGUCUCCAGGUCCUCCAAGCACCCUUUUGCAGAUUGCAGUGAAAAACAGUCAACAGCCAGUGAGGUACUUCAGUGAUAAGAUCUUGUUGCAUGUGUUGUGUUCUGAGGAUGGCAAGAUGGAUCGUUCUACUUUUCUUCAGAAGUGGAAGUCAUUGCCUGAUUCAAAUGAGCGAUCAAAGGACUUCCCAGAGGUGGUUGUAAAGAGUGUGGAAGUGACCCUAGACCGAUUAGCGGCAACCAACAUAUUUUUCAUUGCCAGACGGAAGAAUGGCAGCCAAGAUGUGUUGUAUCUUUCUGCUAAGAUCCCCCAAGGAAUCCCAUUCUUGAUUGAACUCACCACAACUGUUGGGAAUCCCGGCCUCAAGUGUGCAAUCAAGUGUCCCAACCCUGAAAUGUCUCUUCUCUUCUUCGAAUCCAUGGAAGCUCUACUCAGGAGCUCUUAACGUAUGUCGACCUUCUUCACUUCCUGUCUAUCGCUUGGCUUUUUUCGCUUGGCUUUUUUCUUGUUUUCCUCUUGGUUUGUGAGCUCCCAACUCACACUCCCUCUUUGCUCUUUUUUGGUUCAAUUUUAUUUUGUUUAUAUGAAACAUUUUUGUGAGUUGAAUUUUAUAGGCCUCGUGCAAAAUGAUAUACUAGAGUAUGUAUUGCUCACUUUUACCGGGCGUGGGGAGAUUUCAGGAAAAUGAGAAUCGUGUUCUUGACACGGUUGAAUCUGCUGGUGGGAUUUUCCAUGUUUUUUUAAUUGCCUUACCACUUUUAAAAUCAGAUCAAGGGUUACCACUACCUCAGUUCAUCCCUCCAUUGUCGCCAUUCCCUCCGUUGUUCCUGUUCUCAGUCGCUGUGGUGCUCAUUUUGUCCCCUCGCUGUCGGCGGCAACAAUCCAUCAAAAGUCGCUACGAAAAUCGUCCGUUGCCAACAUUGCACGGGGGAUUCAUGGCUAUGGUCCCCUUCGAACGAUGUUACGUCACCGCUUCUCUUCGAAGCCGCCAUCCUUUCUCGUUGUGCUUGUCGUUUCAAGAGCUAGUGGUACCCAAUUUUGGGUACAAAUCGGUUGUAUAAUAAAACUUGUGAUCGUAU